CGGGGAAAAAAAAAAAAAAAGAAAAAAAAGAAAAGGAAAGAAACCAAAACAACCCAAGGCGACCCCAAAUCCCCCCGAAACCACCCGAACGUGGGCGAAGAAGCGAGCGGAGCUGCUCGGCGGCUGCAGGAGGCGGCGGGACGCGCGGGACUCGGUUCUCUCUCCGGCACCCGCUCGGGUCGGACACAAAGUGCUGUCCAGCUGGAAUGAAUAUAUCUGAGUCAAACUACUGCCGAGAGGAGAUAUCGCAACCCCGGGGCGACUGUUCAUGGGUCACCGGCGCCGUGCCGGCCGCUGAGCCCGGGCUCGCCUUCCCUCGGCCCCCGGGAGCCGCCUCCCCCUCCAGCCGCACGCCCAGCCCCGAGCCCGGCUUCGCCUUCGGCCCCGCGGCCCCCGGGGCGGCCCCCGGCGCGGCCCCCAGCCGCACGCCCAGCCCCGAGCCGGGCUAUGGAUACAGCCCCCCGGCCGGCCGAGCCGAGGGGAAGGCCGGGGAGGAUUCCCGCAUCCGCCGGCCCAUGAACGCCUUCAUGGUUUGGGCGAAGGAUGAGCGCAAACGGCUGGCGCAGCAAAACCCCGACCUGCACAACGCCGUGCUCAGCAAGAUGCUGGGCCAAUCAUGGAAAGCCCUGAGCGCCAGUGACAAGCGUCCCUUUGUGGAAGAGGCCGAGCGGCUGCGAAUCCAGCACCUCCAGGAUCACCCCAACUACAAGUACCGCCCGAGGAGGAAGAAGCAAGCCAAGAAAAUCAAGAGGAUGGAACCCAAUAUCCUCCUGCAUAACCUUUCCCAGCCUUGCAGUGACAACUUCAGCAUGAGUCACCACGGCGGCAGCCAGCCGGGCCACCCCCAGCCUCCCCCACUCAACCACUUCAGAGAACUCCACUCCAUGGGGUCGGAUAUUGAAAACUACGGCUUGCCAACUCCCGAGAUGUCUCCCUUGGAUGUCUUGGAACAGACCGAGCCGGCCUUUUUCCCCCCGCACAUGCAGGAGGACUGCGGCAUGAUGCCCUUCCGCGGGUACCACCACCACCACCCCCAGAUGGAGUUUCCCCAGGAGAAGUGCCUGGGCCGGGACGUGGCCGUGCCCUACGCGCAGCCCCCAGCGCACUUGGCCGAUGCCAUGAGGACUCCCCACCCCUCCGGCCUCUACUACAACCAGAUGUGCUCGGGGACUCAGAGCGGGCUUUCCGCCCACCUGGGCCAGCUCUCACCUCCCCCCGAAGCCCACCACAUGGAGAGCGUGGAUCACUUGAACCAAACCGACCUUUGGACGGACGUUGACCGCAAUGAGUUUGACCAAUAUUUGAACAUGAGCAGGACUCGUCCCGAAGCCUCGGGACUGCCUUAUCACGUCUCCCUGUCCAAAGUGACUCCUAGGAGCAUCUCCUGCGAGGAGAGCAGCUUGAUAUCCGCCCUGUCCGACGCCAGCAGCGCCGUCUACUACAGCCCAUGCAUCACCGGCUAGGCUCGCGCGUGCACCCAACGCAACAAGCCAACGAGCAGCCAAUCCUCCUCUAACCGCGAGCUCCGUAAUAUGUAGAGUAUCUCAUUAAAUGCAUCGCUUUCUUUCUUUAAAAAAAAAAAAAAAAAGAAAAAAAAAAAAAAAAAAACACCUAAAAAACCACAACCCAACCAUGCUGAACUCACCGAUAUACCGUAUCUCUAUAUAACACAUAGAUGCCUUCCCAAAGCCAAAGGUUAACCACGCGCUAAGCCCGCCUGCCCGCUGCAGCUCCCAUCGCUCCAUCCUCUCGGGGGCAUUUUUUAGGCAAUUGCAGUGAAUCCUGCCUGAGCCAACCCAGCACCAACACCAUCACCCAUUGCCCAGCACCCAGCCCUAGGAACUCACACACUGGGGGCCCUCGGGAACCCUUUUUGGGGGCUGUUGAAGACUCGUGGUGCCCGGUUGUGGUGGUCUUUAGGACAGUUUUUACUGUAUUCUCAGCAAUAUAUUUUAAUUGGGCAACAAAACUAUAUUUUUACUAAGCAUUUUUAUAUAUAUAAAAUGGUAUUUAAUGUCUUUUCAUUUUGUCGUCGUCGUCGUUUUGGUGGUUUGUUUUUUUUUUUUGUUGUUUUUUACUAUUAGACUUUUUAAAAAAGAAAUCAAGGGAUAUCCAUGAGAUCUAAAGCAUUUAUGUAGCAAAGCUGGAUUUAAAAAAAAAAAAGAAAAAAAAGAAAAAAAAAAAAAAAGGGGGGGAAAA